GCAAAUCAACUUCUCUCUCUAUACAUAUACGUCGCCAAUUGACGUGUACAUGCAUGCCCUCCAAUUCCUCUCCUCCAAGCUACGCUUAUUACUCAUUUCCUCCAACCCCAAACAGAAUCUCUCCUAUUACCUCUAGAUCUAGAAGAAACACUCCCCAGACAGACCGCACAUCACACUCACACACAAUGCCCUCGCCAGCAGCUGGAAAGGGUGGAGACGCUCCCCGAACUCCCACAAAGUUAGGCCGCAAGCCCCAAUCGAGUGCCACAUCAAAGCUCGGCCAAGGCACAAAAACCCCACCAGCACAGAAAUCAGACGACAACGCGCCAUCAACAGAAGACGCGCCUGAAGUACCUGAACGGCCGUCGGAAGGUGACGUGAAGGGCAAGGCCGGCGAUGCUGCCAAGGCGGCGGAAGACACCAAGGACUCAGCCACAUCCGAAGCUGAGGACACCACAAGCAAAGUCUCACAAAAGGGCGACCUAGAAGAGGCCGAGCCAAAGCCAAUUGACGACGACGAUGACGCCCUGCUCGGCCGCCAAGAGGAAGCCGAGGAGACCGGCGACGAUGCCACCGAGAAGGCUGGCGACGAAGCCGAAGACACCGCCGAAGAUACUGCCGACGAUGCCACUGACACCGCAGGCGAGGCCGCCGAAGGUGGCCUGAAAAGUGCACGAGGACUUGCUGGCAAAGCAUCGGGCUUGGCUGGCAAGGCGUCUAAAGAUCCAGCCGAAGCUGCCAAGGAGGGCGCCGAUGAUGCUCAAUCCGCGGCUGGUGAAGCCGCCGAUGAGGCCCAAUCGACCGUCGGCGAAACCACCGAUGGUGCCGAGGAUACCGCUGGCGAAGCUGCCGAAGGUGUCAAAGGCGCCGCAGAUGAAGCCAAGGAGGGCGCCGAAGAGACUGUGGGCGAGGCCAAGGAAGGUGCCGAAGUGGGUGUCGAUGGAGUGAAGGACACCGCUGAGGAAACCACCGGCCAAGAACUACCCGACACCCCUGACCUCUCCAUCCUCAAGGGCCUCGAAGUCAACGAGGAGGGUUUGAUCAAGAACGCUGAUGGCAAAAUCGUCGGUAAACUCGUGGAAGGCGACGCUGAAGACCUCGCUGGAUACACCAUCGGUGACGACGGCGAGAUACUAGACGACGACGGUGACCUCGUUGGUCGCUGCGAAAUCACCCCCGAAUACCAGGAAGAACUCACCGAACAAGCCAAGGACGCCGGCCCCAAGUUGCCGGGCCUCGACGUUCUCAAGGGCCUCACGGUCGAUGCCAGCGGCCAGAUCCUUAACGAGGAUGGCGACUUCGUUGGCAUACUUGUCGAGGGCAACCCAGCCGACCUCCAGGACAAGGAGUUCAACGAGAACGGCGAAAUUCUUGAUGAUGAUGGAAACGUCAUUGGCCGUGCUAAACUCCACCCUGAUGCCGCAGAUCUAGUCGAUCAGGACGGCGACCUUCCCGAAGGUGCUGACGGCGUCGCUGGUGAAGCUGGCCAAACCGUCGAUGGCGCCAAAGAAGGUGCCGUUGAGGGCGCUGAGGAAGGCGUUGAAGGUCUUGAGGACGAACUCCCCGGUGUCGAGGCCCUCGAGGGCAAGGAAAUCAACGAAGAUGGCGAAAUCCUCAAUGAGGAUGGCGAAGUCAUCGGACAACUUGCCGAGGGCAACAUCGACGAUGUCAAGGGCCUCACCGUUAAUGAGAAGGGUGAGGUCGUUGACGCCGAGGGCAAUGUUCUCGGAAAGGUCGAGCUUGCCGAGGGUGCUGCCGAGAAGCUCAAGGAAGCUGCCGGUGGUGCUCUUGACAUCCGCAUCCUCGAGGGACUCAAGGUUAACAAGAAGGGCAAGGUCCUCGACGAGGAAGGCGAGGAGAUCGGUGAGCUCAAGGAGGGCGAGAUCAAGGACUGCGCCGGCAAGACUGUCAACGAGAAGGGUGAAGUUGUCGACAAGGAGGGUAAGGUCCUCGGCAAGGUCGACAUCGUUCCCGGCGAGGCUGCCUUUGAGGCCCAGAAGGCUCUUAAGGAGAGGCUUGGCGAGGCCGAACCUCAAGAAGUCAUCCCCGAGCUCGACAUUCUCGAAGGCCUGAAGGUCAACAAGAAGGGACAGAUUCUUAAUGAGGAUGGUGAGCCAAUCGGAGAGCUCGUCGAGGGUGACCUUGCUGCCUGCGCAGGAAAGAAGGUCAACGAAAAAGGUGAAGUCCUCGACAAGGACGGAAACGUCAUUGGAAAGGUUAAGACUCUUCCCCAACAAGCCGAAGAGGCUGUUGAAGGCGCUGAGGAGACUGCUGAAGGUGCUGAAGAGGGUGCUGAAGCGGGUGGUGAGGAAGGAGAAGCCGAAGAAGCCGGACCUGAACUACCUCCUCUCUCAAUCCUCGAAGGCCUUACUGUCAACAAAGCCGGCAAGCUCGUCGACAGCAACGGAACCAUCGUUGGUGAGCUUAUUGAGGGCGAUGCGAAGAAGCUCUCCAAGUCUGGAAUCACUGCCGACGCCGAGGGUCAAUUCUGGGACAACAAGGGACAUGUCAUCGGACGUGCCCAGACUGUCCCGGUCGAGGAGGGCGAAGAGGAAGCGCCAUUCGCUGGCCUCGAAGGCCUCAUCGUCGUCAAGGAUGGUCUCGUCGAAGAUGAGAAUGGCAACACUGUCGGCAAGGUCGUCGAGGGUGACGCUAAGAAGCUCAUCGGCCGUGCUGUCGACGAAGAUGGAGAUAUUAUCGAUAAGAAGGGCUCCGUCGUUGGCCACGCCGAGCGCUACGAGGAGCCUGAGGAGGAAGCCGAAGCAGAGCCGGAAGACCUAUCCAUCCUCGCCGGCAAGGUCGUCAACAAGCAAGGCAACGUCAUCGGAGACGAGGGCGUGCCAAUCGGUCGCCUGGUCGAGGGCAACGCGAAGGACCUCGCCGGCAAGAAGUGUGACGAGAACGGGCAGAUCUGGAACGAUUCUGGCAAAGUCAUUGGCCGCGUCGAGUUGAUCCCUCUCAACGAGCGCGAGGUCAAGCCCGAAGGUAUCUUCGCCGGCCUCGAAGGCCUUCGCGUCGUUCCCGACGGCAAGAUCGCCGAUGAGGAUGACAACAUUGUUGGUUAUAUCGUCGAAGGCAACCCCAAGCGUCUCAUCGGCCUUGCUGUGGACGAGGACGGUGACAUUCUUGACAAAUACGGCAACGUCAAGGGCCAUGCCGAGCCUAUUGAGGAUGAGGAGGAAGUCCCCGCUGAUCUCUCCAUCUUGGACGGGCUUACCCUGAACAAGCAAGGCUUUCUCGUUAACUCCGAUGGCAUCCCCGUUGGACGCCUCGUCGAGGGUACUCUCGCUGAUCUCGCUGGCCGCAAGAGCGAUGGUGAAGGUCUGAUUCACAAUGACACUGGAAAGGUGGUCGGCCGAUGCGAGCUCAUUCCCGAGAACGAGCGCGUCACUAAGAAGGAGGGCCCUUUCGCCGGUCUUGAAGGCCUCAGGGUCGUUAAGGAUGGCUUUGUCGAGGAUGGUGACGGCAACCGCGUCGGUCAGAUCACCGAGGGCGACCCCAAGAAGCUAAUCGGAAACGCUGUCGACGAAGACGGUGAUAUCAUCGACAAGUACGGCAACGUCAAGGGCCACGCUGAGCCAUGGGAAGAAGAGGAAGCCGAGGAGGUUGACCUUUCUGCCCUGGCUGGCUGCAUUGUCAACAAAGCCGGCAACGUCGUGGACUCGUCUGGCACUAUCCUCGGCCGCGUUGCUGAGGGUGACCCGUCCACCAUGGUCGGCAAGAAGGUCGAUGGCAAGGGCCAGAUCUGGGACAACGAAGGCAAUGUCAUUGGUCGCGCUGAGCUUGUCAAGGGAGCUCAGUCCGGGCCUGAGGGACCCUUCGCUGGCUUCGACGGCAACACCGUCGCCAAAGACGGCACCGUUCAGACCCCAGAUGGGACUAUCAUCGGACGUGUCAUCGAAGGUGAUGUCAAGAGACUUGUUGGCCACACGGUCGAUGAGGAUGGCGACAUCAACGACAAGAACGGCAAUGUCAUCGGCAAGGCUGAACGCUGGGAGCCAGAAGAGAAGGAGCGCAAGAUCAACCCUAUGGCUGGCCUCCACGUCAACAAGGAGGGCGAAGUCCGCGAUCAGAACGGCGAUAUUAUUGGUAGACUCACUGCUGGUGACCUUGGCCACUGCGCUGGCCUCGAGAUCGACGACAACGGCUAUGUCAUCGACAACGACGGCAACAAGGUCGGUGAAGUCACUCUUCUGGAGAACAUCCAGGAAGAAGAGGAAGAGACCGAUGAGGAGAAGAAGAGGAGAGAGGAUGCCGAGCUGGCCGAGAAGAUGGCAAACAUCUGCCAGCAGACCCUCGAGCGGAUCCAGCCGGUCUGCAAGCAAAUCACAGAGUACAUCGAACAAGCCGACCGUACCCCCCGUGAUGAGCUCGACGAAGAGGAACUCGUCAACAACGUCAAGCCCCUCAUCGAAGAAGGUGGCCGCAUUCUCAACGAGUGCAACGGCUCCCUUCGUGGCCUUGACCCCGACGGCCGCAUUGCUGCGCAGGCCAAGGGUCGCGCUGGUACCAAGGAGGCUACACCCGAGGAGUACCGCCUCGCGGACUUACUCAAGGAACUCACUGGCACUGUCGUUACCUGCAUCGACAACGCGAAGAAGAAGAUCUCCGACAUGCCGCACGCCAAGAAGAAGCUCAACCCGCUUUGGGCCCUGCUCACCCAGCCACUAUUCCAGAUCAUCGCGGCUGUUGGCUUGUUGCUAACAGGUGUGCUGGGCUUAGUUGGACAGCUACUCAACGGCCUGGGUCUAGGUGGCCUGGUCAACGGUCUGCUGGGUGGCUUAGGCAUUGACAAGCUGCUUGGAGGACUCGGUCUUGGAAGCAUCGCCGAGUCGCUUGGGGGUGGCAAGGAUAAGAAGAAGAAGGGUGGCCCCGGAGGUCUGCCGGUCAUCGGCGGCCUGCUUGGCGGUGGGAAGUAAACGGCUUCUGGUUUCUUAGGGUUGAGAUUGUACGAAAAGAAAGGCAAAGCGUCAAGCUUCGCGCAUGGAGAUGAGGGGAUGAAGAUGGUCUUUCUACAAAAGCAGCGAUCUGUUUUUAUGUAUCACGGUUCUUGUAUUCUUGGGUUCUUCUGGACUAAGUUCGGAUAUGUAAGGUUAUGCCUUUUUCGCUUGUCAGCGUUUAUUUUGGUUUUCCUUUUUGGGUCUUUGGGUGGGAUGGAUUGGAUUGGGCUUGUUCUGUAUAUUAGUUACGAUAG